ACAGAUGUCGGUGAUUCUUACUAUAACAUAGAUGUAUAAGUUAUAGCAUGUUUCAUUUGUGAAAUGCCCCCAGAUGAUUCUGGGGUUUGGUAAUAUUUAAGUCAACUUGUGUGCGGGUUCACAACCCAAAAUGCCGCCAGAACCAGCGCCAGCCAUUGCUAUUCUGGCUAAUGAUCCCUCGACCAUGUACUAUGGAGGCCAAGAUGAUGGAGAUUUAUGUAUGAUCAAUGAACCGCCCAUGACCGAUACGCUUGAAGAGAACCACGUCCAUAGCCUUGGAGAUCUCCCUAUUUUUGAAUCCGGAGAUCUUCGCCUUGUAGACCUAGGUGUCCAAGCAAGCCAAGAUGAUGAAACCAGUGCUCCACAAACCUACAAUGAGAACGCAAUAAACGUGACAGGCGCCGGCGCCACAUCCACGUACUUUGCAACGCAAUCCUCUCAAGUAGGAAACAUCGCAGGCAACGAGUUCACCAAAAAUCGAAGUUGGAUGCAGGAGAUCGUAGAAGAGUUGAAAGAUCUCAUUCACGUCCUAGCUCCGGAUGGUCGCGUGCUCUAUAUUUCAGACAGCGUCAAGCAACUGACAGGAUAUACCCCGGAAGAUAUAAUAGGUAAAUCGAUAGUAGACUUCAUACAUCCAGACGACAGUGCUAUGUUUGUCCGCGAAUUUAACAAUUCCGUCACAAGCGGGGAUGCUCUACGGGUUUUCUACCGGUUCCGCAAACAGACCGGCGGCGACUACGCGGUUCUUGAAUGUCAUGGCCAACCGCAUUUAACCAGCGGGACUACUUCUUCUAGUCAGAAUAACUCCUCGACGUCUUGCAACGGUUUCUUCAUGGUGUCGCGUCCGUACCCAAGCAAGAACGCCGCUCUGCUGGACUCCUUCCUCGAACACAAAAUUGAGAAUGAACGCCUCAUGAAGAAGAUCGAGGACCUACGCCGCGAAGACGCGGAGGAGCAAGAUGACUACCAACCUCAAUACAAGAAAGAGUAUGAAGGACCUUGGGAGCAAUACUCCGCACGGGAAAGCAACGCCGCCUUGCCAGUUGGAAUGGGCCAUUCUUCAAACUCCGAACUUCUUGCCAUGCCCCCCCCAGCCAACACCACCUCCUGGCAGGGUCAUGAAGAUGCAAGUUCAAGCAGCAAACCAGACUCUGCGGAGGAAAAAUCCGUGGUCUAUAAAGGGGCAACGAAUGUCGAAACUAUCGAGAUGUUAACCGGGCUCCGCUACCAAGACGGAGAACGCAGCAAGGGUAUUAGCACCGGCGAUGCCUCUCCCACACUUACUCGUGGGGAUUCAGGCGCCACUAUGCAAGUUGAUAAGGACGGCAGGAGCGUGGACAAGAAGAAGAAACUCAAAACUGCAGACAAGUAUAUCUGUACGGACUGUGGUACCCUCGACUCGCCGGAAUGGCGCAAAGGCCCUGAGGGACCAAAAACGCUGUGCAAUGCAUGUGGUCUCCGUUGGGCGAAGCAGGAAAAGAAGAAGUCGGGGGGGUUCACUUUCAAUAAUGGCGGUGGGGACAUGCAUUUAUAAUCUAUGAAGAGGAUGGAUAUUACGGCGUAUUUAGGAUAUCGGCCUGAACAUGACCCGGAAGUCAUUUUCUAAUAACGUAUGUACGACAGACUGAUAGGGACAGCUAUUCAAGGGGA